UUGUCUUUCUUGAUGUCAUCCUACAGAUUGGCCAUAAGCAUUGUUUGAUCUCCUGACCAGUGCGUCCAGUGUCACAACCCAACACCACCAACCGCACCCAGUCCAGCCUAAUCUCCAUCCAUCUGGACAUCUUUGUAAUCACCCACACAGAAGUCAAGCCUCUGUAUAGCUAGCAUGAUGGAGGCCCUUUCGCCGAUGGGCGAGACCGUGAUGGAGACGUCGUCGGUGCUUCCCAGCCCUCAGUCCUCCAACCUGAUGAUGGGGGUGGGCGAGGAGUCUAUGGAAACCAUGACGAUGUCACCCAAGGCUCCAGAGACACAGGAGACAAAUAAUGAGAGGCUACAACAGAUACCUGCCCCAGUCCUGUCAACAGAUGGCACACUUCACAGCCUAAACACACCAUUCGCCGGAAGCCUCUCCAAUUUGGUGCUACCUGGAAUUCCAAAUGCAGCAGCCGCUACAACCUCCUUCUUCCUUAACGCAACAAGCCCUACAACAGUGGCAGCGCCAUUCCUGCUUAACCAGUCUAGCCUGACAACGGCCACGGCUGGUGCGCCGCAGUUCUUGAUGAACGGAAGUCCAGGUGUUCAACCCAAUACAACGUUCUUGUUGAACACCAACCCAGGGAAUAGCAAUAUGCAGACAUUUUUGCUGAAUCCAAACAUGGCAGCUCAGGGAACGCCGUUAGUGGUGCAAACUCCACAAACUAAUACUGCCUUUUUAGUGAACCCAGGUGUGCUGAACACUAGUGCAAACACGUUAUUGUUAACGCAUCCCGGCUUGGCAGGAUCAAAUGGCGCCCUCAUGUUGGCUGCUAACCAAGGAGCAGCUGCCUUACCGCAUGUACAACCACAGGUCCAGCAGCAGAUCCAACAGCAGAUACAACAGCAGGUCCAGCCACAGCUCCAACAACAGGUCCAGCCACAGCUUCAGGCACAGGUCCAACAGCAGGUCCAAGCACAGGUCCAACCUGCGGUGACUCCUGCACUGGUGGAAAACACGAUGGACGCUUCAUCAAGCGAAGUGCAAGCGCAGCAACAGACUGCUGCAUCAGACACAAGUAGUACUUUACAAUUACAGACGUUGCAAUUGCCCAUUGGGACGUUACCUGGCGCUUUAAUACAGACUGACGGAGCACAGAAUGUGAUCCUGCAGCCGAGGAUGGAUCCAGCCGAGAGUGACACUUCUUCCAUUUCAGAGCUGUCUCAAGGGGUGGUGGAGGAGAACUCAAUAACUGAAAACAUCAGGGAAAACAAAGACAGUAAGUACAUGUUCAUGUCAUGUUUUUAUUUUGUAUUUAUGUUGUUUGAUAGUGUCUUGACCUUCCUGUCAAUCCAAUUGUAUUCUUAUUAAAACACAUUUUCAGAUUCUGACAAGCUUUUCAUGCCUCUCGUGAUGAUAUCCAUUUCAGACUUGUCCUUGAUCCCUGUCAAAGAGGGCAGUAUUUUGUUUCCAGUGCUUCACUCAUCCCUACAGUUAAAGCAUGAUGGACAUAUACUUAAGUCAUACCCCUUGUAAAUUCAGUGUUUUUUAGUUAUUCUUUUUCUACAUGUUUCAGUCAGAUGAAAAGAAAAGUGACUUGAAA